GCGUGACUAACUCUUCUUCUUCUUCUCCUCCUCCUGCAGGAUGGCGGCGUGACUAACUCUUCUUCUUCUUCUCCUCCUGCAGGAUGGCGGCGUGGCUGAAGAAGCAGACGGAGCGCGAGGCGGAGAAGGAGCAGCGGCGGCUGGAGCGGCUGCAGAGGAAGCUGGCCGAGCCGCGGCACCAGUUCACCGACACCGGGUACCAGCAGCAGUGCCACGAGCUGUCGGAGCGGCUGGAGGACUCGGUCAUCAGAGGUCUGCAGGCGUCCUCCAGCAGUCAGGUGAAGGUGGACGACGUCUCGCCCCCAAAGAGACCGAGCUGCUCUCACAGCGAGCAGCCAAAACCAAAGAAGAAGAAGAAGGCAGCCGCUGCGUGUUACUGGACGGGCGUGGGGGACAUGCUGAGCUCAGAGGACGAAGAAGACGAAGACGAGUCCACGUCCUCCUCCUCAAGCUGUGGAGCUGUUACCGUGACGACCCGCACAGAGGAGGCGGGGCCGAGCAGCAGGUAGAGUCCAGAUCCUCGUUACACACUCGUACCAAGACCCUCAGCAGGUAGGGUCCAGAUCCUCG